UCGCUCGGAUGAUCCAAUAGAAACCGAAUGGAAAUGUGUAACCAGUUGCAGUCCGUGUUCAGACAAAGAAUCGUCGAGACCUUUUUUUUCCAUAUUUCAUCGUGCAGUCUUGGCUCAUUGAAAUUCGCUGCAGCAAGUUGCAACAGCUUCGGCCUGAUGGAUGGACAAUCAUGACGACCAUCCGAUAUUCCCACCCAGUGAUGGUGACGGCCUUUGUGCUUUUAACAUUCAUCGUCUCAAAGUCCUACAUCCUCCCAGGGGUCACGGCAGAGUUUUACAUCGGAGAAUAUCAAACGUUUGCCGAUCAUUCCGCUCGGAAUAAAGUGAAAGAGACACAUCCUGUAUUUCGUCCGUACAACAACAUGAACGACGACAGCGGUGGAGGGAUUGAUGACGACGACGACGAGAGCAACGAAUUGAUCGGGAGAUCACAGUCGGAGAAGCAGAGCCGCCGCCACCACCAACAUCGCCAGGGUUCAGUCGGACGCGGAUUGAGCACAUUCAACCCGUUGACGCCGGGCGGAACCAUUUACCUGGCCUUUAUCUUCCUGAUCCCGUUGACGGUGGGCAAGACCGGCUUUGGCCAGGGCAAAUCCUAUUCAAAGACCAACGGUCCACUGGAGCGUUUAAUUGACAAAGUCCAGCAAGACCAGCAGAGCCUCUACAGUGAAAUGGGCUACGUCGACGGAAAUCUCAUGUUGCGCAGAGCCUGGCGCGACAUACGUGACUCGCUGGCCAAGAAGCUGCUCUGGUGGCCGUGGCGACGGCGCCUUCGCGACAUGUCAGACAUCGUCGCCAGUAACAGGAGGAAUAAUGGCACCAACCAUUCCAAUCGGAAAAAGAGGAAGAAAAAGUACUACUACAAGUCCGCAAAAUGACGACCACUGCAGUAAUUAUCGUUAAUUUGUCCUGCUGUUGAUCCCUCCUCCUAUUUAUACAUAAUCUGUAUGCACACAAAAAAAGAAAAAAAAAAAGAGCUGGGUCUGUAUCCUUACAGUUACGACAUGGGCGAUGUCUAAGCUAUUUCUGUAAAAAGGGGAAAGAAAAUAAAUAAAAUAAAAUAAAAAGGUGGAAAGAUACAAGAGUUGGCUGUUAACUGUCUAACGGUGAAUGCAAACGACUAGACUGAACUGGACUGGAUGAGUCAAACUUGUCGUUUACAAAUGCUGAGCGUGCAAGGGGCAGUUAAACGGAACCAACCAUCAACAGCUACCGCGCGGUGGAUGAGCCCAGCAGCUCAUAACUUUGACUUCAAUGACCGGUCGAAAACUGUUUUCGACUUGUGUGAUCGGUACAGCGUAGCAAAAAGGCAUGCAUUCGAUCUCUCAAAAAGUACAAACAGUCUUACUCU